AUGCUCCUCUCCGUUGCUCUUCUGGCUGUUGGCCUUUUUAGUACCGUCAGCUCUCAGAGCUGUAGUGUGGCAACCACUAGCCCCUUGAAUGGUUUCUGCCCUACAGGUUACACUCUUGUCUCGUCGGCAUGCUGCCCUACCGGAAGUGUUAUUGCUGCCACAACCGCCUCAUCAUGCGUUGACAAAACAAACCCGAACACUGGAAGAUCAGACUGCCCUGGAAUGAAGAGCUACUGUACGAACUCGGCAUACUUGUCUCUCAUGCGAGAUCAAUGUCCGCUCACUUGUGGAUAUUGUAGU